GAGAGAGAGAGAGAGAGAGAGAGAGAGAGAGCAGGUCUGGCAUCGAUCUGCACAGGCGCAGAGACUUCUCCAGGCGGACGUUGGACACUUUUCACUUUUGACUUUGUUGUCUUAGCGAGCAACAUGCUCAUCAACUAUUUGUUGUUGCUGGCGUUGGGCGGGUGGCGCCGUGACAUCACGGCGGCGUACGUCUUUCAGGCCAGUCGACCCGCCGAGGCCGGAGAUGCCCCGCCCACGCACGGCAAAGCGGUGUCGGAGUGGGUGAGCUCGUCGGGCUCGUGCAAGGGUCGCUGCUUCGAGCUGGAGGAAGCCGAGCCUCCGGGGUGUCGUUGCGACAACUUGUGUAAAACCUACUACAGCUGCUGCUCGGACUUUGACCAGCACUGUCUGAAAACCGCGGGACGCUUCGAGUGCCGACCGGAGCGCUGCGGCGAGGGGAGGAAAGACGAGCACGCGUGUCACUGCACAGAUGACUGCCUGGAGAAAGGAGACUGCUGCUCCAAUUACAAGGCGGUCUGCCAAGGCGAGGAGUCCUGGCUCCAAGGAGACUGCGAGGAGAUCGUCAGCGCCGAGUGUCCCGCCGGUUUCGUCCGGCCGCCGCUCAUUAUGCUGUCUGUGGACGGUUUCCGGGCGUCCUACCUGAAGAAGGGCGCGUCCGUCAUUCCCAACAUCCAGAAACUCAGAUCGUGUGGGACGACCGCUCCGUACAUGAGGCCCGUCUACCCGACCAAGACCUUCCCAAACUUGUACACUUUGGCCACGGGUCUCUACCCAGAAUCUCACGGAAUCGUGGGGAACACCAUGUACGAUCCGGUGUUCAACGCCACCUUCAGCCUGCGUUCCCGGGAGAAGCUCAACCAUCGUUGGUGGGGCGGGCAGCCGAUCUGGAUCACCGCUAAGGAACAAGGCGUCAAAGCCGGAACCUUCUUCUGGCCCUGGGUCAUCGAACUGGAGAGACGAAUCCUCACCAUCCUGCAAUGGCUGAAGCUGCCCGACCAACACAGGCCUUACGUGUACGCGGUGCACUCGGAGCAGCCUGACACCUUUGGACAUCGUUGGGGUCCCCUGAGCAGCGAGCUGGACAACACGCUGCGGCAGCUCGACGGCGUGAUCGGUCAGCUGAUGAACGGCCUGAAGCAGAUGAACCUCCAUCGCUGCGUCAACGUCAUCGUCGUGGGCGACCACGGCAUGGAGGAGGCGCACUGCGACCGCACCGAGUUCCUCAGCAGUUACCCGCUCAACAUCGACGACAUCAUCCUCAUCCCGGGCUCGCUGGGCCGCGUACGGCCUCGAGACGCCAAGUCCGCUUCAUACGACCCUCAGCAGGUGGUGGCCAACCUGACGUGCAAGAUGGCGACGCAGCACUUCACGCCCUACCUCAAGCGACAUCUGCCCAAGCGACUCCAUUACGCCAACAACCGGCGCAUCGAGGACGUGCACCUGCUCAUGGAAAGGAAGUGGCACGUGGCCAGAAAAAUGCCAGAAAAGAUGCGGACGCGCUGCGGCUUCUUCGGCGACCACGGCUUCGACAAUAAGAUCGCCAGCAUGAGGACCAUCUUCAUCGGACACGGGCCCAGCUUCCGCUUCCGCGCUCAAGUGCCGGAGUUCGACAACAUCGAGCUUUAUAACGUCAUGUGCGACCUGCUGGGCCUGAAGCCGGCGCCGAACAACGGGACGCACGGGAGCCUGAACGCCAUGUUGAAGUCCCCGCCCUUCCAGCCCGUCAUGCCGGAGGAAGUGGCGCCGCCGGCGCGGGACGAGGACCCGGCGGCGGCAGCGCCGGGAGCUUCCGACCUCGGCUGCAGCUGCGAUGACGAGAACAAAGUGGAGCGGAACGCGGAGGCCUUCAGCCCCGCCCGAGACGGCCUGGACAAUUACAACGUGACGCAGCUGCCCUUCGGCCGCCCCGCCGUCAUGUUCGAGGCCCGUUACGUUUUGUUGCAUCACUCCGACUUCAUCAGCGCGUACAGCCGCCAAGUGGCCACGCCGCUGUGGACGUCCUUCACGCUGGCGCCGCAGGAGGACCCGACUUCUCCCCCGGAAGGUUCUGCCGGCGACCCGUGCCCGCGAACGGACCCGCGGGUGUCGGCCGAGCACGGCCCCAGCUGCAGCGCCUACAAGCGGAACCGCCUCCUGGGCUACGGCUUCCUGUUCCCGCCUGAGUUGGCGUCGUCGCCCGAGUCCAGAUACGAGGCGUCGCUCAUCACCAACAGCGUGCCCAUGUUUCCCGCCUUCACGAGAGUGUGGCGUUACCUGCAGGGGGCGCUGCUCAGGCGAUACGCACAGGAGAACAACGGCGUCAACGUCCUCGCCGGGCCCGUCUUUGACUACAACUACGACGGCCGCCGAGAUACCUUGGAGGAAAUCCGAGAGUGGUCUCCCGGCACGCCGCCCGUGCCCACUCACUUCUUCACCGUGGUGACCGGCUGCCGCCAGGCCAACCGAAGCCUGGACGAGUGCGGGGGCGACCUGAGCGUCUUCUCCUUCCUGAUUCCUCACCGAGAUGACAACAGCGAGACCUGCGACAGCGCCGACGGCGAGGAGCUGUGGGUGGAGGCGCUGCUCCAGCUCCAUACGGCCAGGGUCCGGGACGUGGAGAUAAUCGCCGGACUCGACCUUUACCGGGCCACCAACCGGAGCUACAGCGGCAUCCUCAGCCUCAAGACGCACCUGCGCACCUUCGAGGCAGACGACUGAAACCGGACGAGGAAAAAAAACAAACAAAAAAAACAAAAAAAACGACGCCCGACGCAGACACCGAAAAUACUGACGCCCGACCGGCUGGCACUCGACCGACUGAACCUUCGCAACAGAUUAUUGUUAUUUGAUUGCAUGUGUGUGUGUGUGUGUGUGUGUGUGUGUUCAUCCAGCGUAAAAGAGGAACAUGCCGGAACAAAGCGCCUGUUGGAAAACAAGCCAGUGGGCGUGGCUAAACAUAUGGACAUGUUUGUGUUUCAACUUUUGGUCAUUCUUGCUUUUGGCUCACAGGCUUCAUGCUAAGCUAAGUUGGCGUCUUAUUUAACACACCCACCGCAAUAACGGCGGCUUGUUGCCCGCAAGCACAAGUAAAGGACUUUGUUACGAACGACUUUGCCGUUUGCCAUUUCUCUGCGACGGCCUCGCAAAAAGACAAAUCCAGACGAAGGCGAAUGACGCCGGUUGUCUUUUGGCGCAUCUGAAAAACGGCCCCAAAAGUGGAAUCGAAGAGCUUUCAUUUGCUUUCCACGCCGCUGCCCUGAGAAAAACGAUUUGGAGGGAAAUGUGCGCCGCUUCCCAUUCAAAUUGUGAAGUUUGAUUGGGCCAAGUUGGAAUUUUUAAGAUGACGCCGUGACAGAUUUUCAUGAAAAUCCGAAAUUGGGAACAUCACACCAAAAAUAUCCCCUUAAGCACAAUUUUUCCACUCUUCGUUGGUCUCGAGAAUGUCAUUCAAAUCAUUCAUUGUGCAAGCUGCUUAUCCUAAAAAAGGUCACGGGAGCGCCGAAGGCGAACGUUACGCAAACCGGUCUGCAGUAAGUCAGGCGGCGGGCACGUAUCGACAGCGUCACGGAGCGGGAAUCGAUCCCACGCCGCCCGCACCAAAGGCAGGCCUGUGUGCCGCUACGCCCCGCAGGUUGUCAGCUUGCCCGGUCCCACACUGGCAACUCGCCGGGCCGAGGCCGGGGGAGCCCGUUGCGUCGUCAAUAUUGACGGCCGUCGCAAAUCGACGCCGACAUUUAGCCGCACAGUGAAAACAAUCAAGCGGAAUUGCUGGUCCCGACGGUCCCGACGGUCCCGCGGGUCCCCCUGACUCCACACAGCUGCACCCGACGAGGCGCUCGGACUUCAAAUAGCCUCGCGGCGACUCGGCUCCACCGGCAGGCGAGCAGAAUGUGGUCGAGUUUGAGGGUUCUGGCGCUCCAGCUCUUCUUGCUGCUGGUCUUUGGACAACAUGCGAGCGCUUUCGGGCCUCACUUUGCGCCGCUUCAGAGUUUCCCACGCGGCCCCAAACCUCAUCGGGCUCCCGCCGGCCUGCGAGCUUCGCUGGCGUCAGAAGGUUCCGCCGCGCACCUUCCACCAAAGUACUUUGGAAGGGUCUCUGAGCAGAACCGGUCGCCCGGCGGAGCGCGUACCGAAGGCGGUCGGGAGGGUCUGAGCCCCGCGGGCAGCGCUCCCAUUUACAGACUUGGAUUAGCGCAGCAACAUCAGACCGAUCCCGCCGACGACAAAACUCUCCAAAAGCGCUGGGGAGGCGCAAUCGUCUCAAGUCAGGGAAUCCAGAUGGUGGCGCCAGUGAUUCCGCCAAGGUCUGAACUAAAAUGGCCACAGCGCUAUGAGAAAGCACAUCUGACGGCCAGGUACAACGCUCAACCGCCGCAGGAUCUGAGGCAACUGCGCUAUGAAAAACUACCACAAGCGCGCUCCAGGUAUGAACCCAAAGGGCCUCAGAGGUACGCUAACCCGCUGCAGGCGCUACCGAGAUACGAACCCAAAGUGCAGCAGGUUCUGGCUUGGCGGCGGUACACCCCUCGACCUCCGCAGGCUUUGCAGAGCUUUGGAAAAGUGCGGCAAGCUCCUCCGAGGUACGACUCCAACGCGCGACAGGGGUACGAACCCAAACUGGCCGCGGUCCCAAGGCCCCAAGGCCCCAAGGCUAAGUUGAGUCCCAGACAUUUCCAAGCCGACUUGAGAGAUGCUAGUUUUGUUCCGUAGGACAAGCUGGAAGGUUGCUGGAUGAAUGGAUCUCGAUCAAGUCUUUUGGCUCUUUAUUGACUUUUGAAAUAAAAUGAAAAAUGGCAAACA